AGGAAGGGAUGAAACUGAAAGAGCGAAAGGUAUCAUGGGCUAAGCUGCGCCGCGUUGACUCUCUAAAUUUGGAAGCUGGAAGAAUUUCUAUGGUUGCAGACCACCCCUCCAAGAUGCCUUGGAGGACGACGCUGUUCCUUGCAUUUCAAAGCAUAGGAAUUGUAUAUGGUGAUAUUGGUACAUCUCCACUUUAUGUGUUUGCCAGCACUUUCCCCAAAUCAAUUAAGAACAACGACGACAUUCUUGGCGUCCUGUCUCUCAUCAUCUAUACCAUUGUUCUCAUACCCAUGCUUAAAUAUGUCUUCAUUGUAUUAUGGGCAAACGAUAAUGGCAACGGUGGAGCGUUUGCACUCUAUUCGUUGAUAUGUAGGCAUCUAAAGGUGAGUUUGAUUCCAAAUCAACAACCAGAGGACAGGGAACUUUCUAACUACAAACUCGAAACACCAUCUAGCCAGCUGAAACGAGCCCAGAAACUAAAGCAGAUCCUCGAGAAUAGUCACUUUGCGCGGAUUCUCCUUUUAGUUCUUGCCAUAAUGGGAACUGCCAUGGUCAUAGGAGAUGGGAUUCUUACCCCAUCAAUUUCAGUUCUUUCUGCGGUAAGCGGGAUCAGUACAUCACUAGGUCAAAAUGCUGUAGUGGGGAUCACUAUAGUGAUCUUGAUCAUCCUAUUUUCCGUGCAACAAUUCGGGACUGACAAAGUGGGAGUCUCAUUUGCUCCAAUCAUUCUAGUGUGGUUUUCAUUCAUCGGUGGAAUUGGUCUAUACAAUUUAUUCAAAUAUGACAUUGGGGUAUUACGAGCUUUCUAUCCAAAAUAUAUAUUUGACUACUUCAAACGGAACGGUAAGCAAGGAUGGUUAUCACUUGGUGGAGUCUUUCUAUGCAUAACAGGAUCUGAGGCCAUGUUUGCCGACUUGGGUCACUUUAAUGUCCGAGCCAUUCAAAUUAGCUUUUCUUUCGUUACAUGUCCAGCAAUAUUGGCUCAAUAUUGUGGGCAAGCAGCAUUUCUACGAAAGUUCCCCGAGAAAGUGGAUAACGCUUUCUAUGCAAGUAUACCGCACUCCUUAUAUUGGCCAACAUUUGUUGUGGCUGUUGGUGCUGCCAUCAUAGCCAGCCAGGCAAUGAUAUCAGGAGCAUUUUCCAUUAUAUCCCAGGCUCUAAGUCUAGGUUGUUUCCCAAGAGUUAAGGUCGUGCAUACUUCCACUAAGCACCGGGGUCAGGUGUAUAUUCCUGAGGUCAACUACAUGUUCAUGAUUGCGUGUAUUGUCGUCUGUGCUGCCUUCAAGACCACAGAAAAGAUUAGUCACGCAUAUGGAAUUGCAGUUCUUGGUGAUAUGAUGAUCUCAACAUCCCUGGUUUCCCUCAUAAUGCUUGUUAUAUGGAAGAAGAGCCUAUGGCGGGUGGCUACGUUCUUUUUGGUAUUCGGUUGCACGGAGCUUCUUUAUUUCACGUCUCAACUAACCAAGUUCACAGGAGGAGGCUAUCUUCCAAUUGCAUUAGCUCUUUUCUUGACGGCAGUAAUGGGAAUAUGGCAUUAUGUGCACAGAGCAAGAUACAUGUUUGAACUAAAGAACAAGGUUUCUAGUGAGUAUUUGAGGGAACUGGUGAACAAAGAAGACGUGAACCGAGUGCCCGGAAUGGGACUUCUGUAUUCUGAGCUCGUACAAGGCAUUCCUCCUAUAUUCCAACACUUAAUAGCCAGCGUACCAUCUGUCCAUUCAGUUGUUGUGUUUGUUUCCAUCAAGGCUAUUCCUGUUAGUAGAGUUGCAUCAGAAGAGAGGUUUUUGUUUCGGCAUGUGGAACCAAGAGAGUAUCGAAUGUUUCGUUGUGUCGUGAGGCAUGGUUACAAUGAUGUACUUGAGGAUCUUGCCGAGUUUGAGUCAGAGUUAAUACAAAAUCUGAAGAGAUUUAUUCAACAAGAAAGCUUUAUGCAGCUGGAGGUUGAGGGAACAACAACAACAACAACUGAAUUACAAGUACCUGUCUCUAACAUUAUUAAUGAGAGUGGGACGACCUCAUCAGAUUCUAUUCAAUCAAUUGGUGUGAAGUCAUCCAGUUUCACUGCCCCUCCCAUUCAGGGAGCUGAAGAGGAGAUUAAAUUUAUAGAGAAAGCAAAGGAGAAGGGUGUGGUGUAUAUGCUGGCGGAAGCAGAGGUAGUAGCUCAGCCAAAUUCAUCCAUCUUGAAUAAGAUAGUUGUCAACUAUGCUUAUAGCUUCCUGAGAAAGAACUUUCGCCAAGGGGACAAUUUGAUGGCAAUCCCCCGUAAUAGACUUCUCAAGGUUGGAAUGACAUAUGAAAUAUGA